AUGCCUGGAUCCGAAGAUGGAUCGGCUGCACCCUCGUACUCAGUACCAGGCACACCUGUCGUUUCUCUUGAAUAUCCAUGCAUAGUUGAGAAUACAGAAAAGGCGAUUGACAUGCUAGGCGGCCGCAAAGAGGUCGCCCAGAUUCUUCUUCCGAACAACGAGAAGCCUCUAGGGCUCAAGUUCCGACCGCAUGAUCCUGCUGGCAGAACGGUGAUUCCCCAUAACAAGCAGACCAACAACCUCUUACUCAGCAUCACAGUACCAAAACGAACAGGAAGAAAGAGGAAACGAGGCUCAGGUGAACCGUUUCAAGAGUCGCCUGCCGGUCGGCAUUCCAGGAAGGAUGUCGCAUACCUUCUUCGAUCGCUCAACGAUAAUCCGCAGCGGUACCAGACCGAGGUUGUGGGUUCAAUACAGUCUACUCAUGUGUGGCGCACCAUGCCUGAUCUUGUCUACUCCUCCAUGGGAUCCUCAUUUCUCAGUGAAAUCCAGACAAAGGUCCUGCCUCAACAAUAUCCUCUCCUCAAGCAAUGGUCCCUACCACGAACAUACGGGCUUGCAAACACUGAGACUGUUCCACCUCCAGUGCUCUCAACGCAAAGCCUCCCAAUCAAUUACACCUAUCGCCAGAAUCCAGCGGUGAAGACAGUAGCAGAUCCUCAGAGCGGCAAACAGGUGCUCUUCAAUCUUGCGGCGCCAGCCAAGCUCCUCACAUACCAGUGUCAAUACAAUGAUGCAGAGUGGCCAGACCAACCACCUCCAAAUUGUCCUCCCAUCUCAGAACGCCCACAAAGCCACCAGCAGUUGUUCCAGACUAUGGUCAAACUCUUUGAUGAACGCCCAGUUUGGACACGUCGAGCAUUACUGAACCAAUUCCCGGACGACGCCCCAUGUGCUGCAGCUCGGCACCUCAUUGCAUAUAUGGCCUUCGCCAUUCGCUCGGGGCCCUGGCGGGAUACCCUUUGCAAAUAUGGGGUCGACCCACGAAAAGAUCGAUCUUAUCGGAAAUAUCAGACCGUAAUGUUGCUGCUUGCGAAGUCGGCCAAGGCUAAGCCACAUCUACGGGAAGACUUUGAGCGCAGCUGGGCAAGAAGUAAGGACAAGUCAUCACACAUAUUUACCGGCAAACCCCCGUUCCCGAGGGAUGGUCAGGUCUGGCAACUGUGCGACUUGGAGGAUCCCCAACUCAAACCCCUGGUUGAUACACCAGAUAUCACCCUUCGCCCCGAAUGCGAGAUAAGGCAACUUGGCUGGUACCACAGUGGAACAAUAGCCAAGAUUCGGGUCGCCUUGAAGGCCAAAACGGACGCACUCAUCUCUAACGAAAAAAUCGACGAGGAGGCUUUGGCAAGAUUCCUGACGUUACCGGAUCGUUUGGACUUUAGUGAAGUGGCACAAGCCGAUGAGGGUGCGGACCAGUCGCAGGUGGCAUAUCUGCCCAAGGAUGCCGCCCAGCAGGAAAAAGAAUGGGCGAUUGCUUAUCGGACUCUGUGCCGUACAAUCGCUGCAUCACUGUCGAAGGCUGGUGGCGCCCAAGCCAACUCGAAAGGAGCGCAGGUCUUGGGCAGCUCUGUCGCUCCAAUGGGGUAUGGGCUGGAGGAAGACGAAUCCGACGAAGACGCAGAGGAAGACAAUGAAUAA